AUACACCUAUAGAUGUCAACAUUGCGGCGUUGGCCAGAUACCUUGCUUCCUUGGAACCGAUGACAUAAAAUUGAUUACCCGAAACCCAACACUUAUCUGGCCAGGCGCAGAUUAUUGCACAAUAUCAAUGUAACAUGUAGCAUGCUUGAAAUAAACUUUCUAAUUUCAACUUUGUUAAUUGUUUUGAUAUUUCUCUAUGGUAAUAUUUAACUUGUGCGAGGUUAUAUGCAUCUUACAAACGAGACGUUUAAAUAAUGCCGUAAUUGCGCGCGCGUUCAGCUAAGGUUGUCGUUUGUCUAAAGUACAAAGCUGCGGUGGAAUUUUGCGGUCCCCCUGUAAUUAGAAUCUAUAACAUUGCAAAUUACACUAAUUGGGUAACGUUAUAUUUCAUUGCUGCAUAUGAUCUGAGCAUUUCCACACCGCCAUGGACCAUGUUACGAAGCGACAUCCUUCCUGUUGGCCAUGAUCACCUUGGCGUACAGCCAUGUGUACCUUUGGUCCGCUCAGAGAAGUCGCUAUGUUUGUGCCAUUGAAUCAGUCCUUUGUACUAAAAUGGUUAGUAGAUGUAGUGAUGUGUAUAUCGAUUAAUUGCCGUAAUCUACGUGGCCACAGAUUAGCAGGUUGGAACACCUACGUAGAGGGAAGAUGGCUACAACUACGGCUCUACUGGUGGUGUAUUUCCUGCUUGCUGUUGUCGUGACAGUGGAAUCAGCAGUUUCAGUGGACGAGCACGCUCACAGCGUGAGACGUAACACCAGAGAAAUUGGAGGGGCACCGGAGGUCGAAAAGAACCCACAGUUUUGGAACAACAUGGCGAAAACCUCCAUCCAAGACGCCUUGCGAAUCCAAAAGAACCACAAGACGAAGGUUGCCAAGAAUGUGGUGCUGUUCCUAGGCGACGGGAUGGGUGUGGUCACGGUGACCGCAGCACGGAUCCUGAAGGGUCAAAAGGCGGGAAACCCUGGAGAAGAGACCGUGUUGAACAUGGAAACACUGCCACAUGUGGCGUUGUCCAAGACCUACAACAUAGAUGCCCAAACGCCGGAAGUGACGGCCACCGCGUACCUUUGCGGCGUGAAGGCGAGGUGGGCAACACUCGGGUUAGACGGCAGGGCGCGGAAUGAAGACUGUAGCUCUUCAAAAGGCAGGGAAGUCCCGUCAGUUUUAGCCUGGGCAGAGUAUGCAGGUAAGUCCACCGGUAUCGUGUCGACAGCCCGUGUAACACACGCCUUCACGGCGGCAGCCUACGCUCACACGGCCAACCGCCGGUGGGAGGUGGACAGCAUUCUCCCGCCUGAAGCUAUCGAGAACGGCUGUAAGGACAUCUCUGCUCAACUGGUUGACGACAAUCCCGGCAUUAAGGUUAUCCUUGUCGGCGGACGCAGGCACUUCCAUGCCGGUACCGACCCGGAGUAUCCGACCGACCCCGGAUCUAACGGUGUCCGGAGUGACGGCAGGAACCUGGCGCAGGACUGGCUGUUCGGGAAGACAUCAGCGCGUUACGUCUGGAACGGGACGGACUUCCGGACCAUCAAUCCACAAACAAUGGACUAUCUUCUGGGUCUUUUUGAACCGAGUCAUAUGAAAUACAUGACAGACAGAGAUGGUUCACCAUCAGAAGAACCUACCCUAGCGGAAAUGACGCGAACUGCCAUCCAGAUACUGCGUAAGAACAGAAACGGCUUCUUCCUGCUCGUGCAAGGUUCUAGGAUAGACCAUGGACAUCACGAAGGCAAAGCCGUAAAGGCCAUCAACGAAGCCGUGGCAUUUGACGAUGCCGUAGAGGUUGCUAAAGACCUGCUGAACCUGGAUGAGACUCUCAUCGUCGUGACGGCUGACCACGCCCACACUGUCAGUCUGGGAGGCUGGGACACGGCGAGAGGCAGCCCCAUAUUUGGCAAGUUGGACCCGGAUUAUGUUGUCGAAAGCGUCGGCGAUAAGCUCGUCCCAGACGGCAAGCCGUACACGGCGCUUCAGUACGGCACCGGGCCGGGCUACAACAUCUCCGCUCUUCGCGAGGACAUCACGAACGUGAACACAGCAAACCCAGACUAUGUGCACCAGAGCGCCGUACCCAUGAUAAGAGAGAGUCAUGUAGCGGAAGACGUCGCCAUCUUUGCUGACGGCCCCAUGGCUCACCUGUUCCACGGCGUGCACGAGCAGAACUACAUCGCUCACGUCAUGAAGUACGCGGCCUGUCUGGGGGAGUACGCGGAGGAUUGUGAUCGGGAAGAGAGGGUGGCGUCUGGAACCGCUAGGGGGAGCUUCAGCACUGCAGUGGUGCUCUUGUCCAUCAUUCUGCAGCUUGCGUGGGUCUAAGGGUACAAACUACUUAGAAUGAUGAAAUAAAUCAAUUAGCCUGAUUCUUUCUUUUCUAAUAGCCAUAGUUUAUCUUAGCAUAUCAAAGAAAUCCUAGUAAAAUCAUUGGUACGUAAGUCUCGUACUGACAUUUAAUCUUAAAAUUUGUAGUCCAACUUGACUUCAUUGCAAUAUGCAUGUUCUUACAUGCAGUAUGGACCAUGUCACCGUAGGCCUAUUUCCUGCAUGCGGCUUAUGCCAUGAUACCAUCUAUAGCAUGAAAGAUUGCUCCCCCGGGAUUCUCGGGCUCACUGGUACUGUCUAUAUAUGGAUAAGACAUUUAGUGACGAGAGAGAAUACACGUGUGAGGUACCAUUAGUAUCAUUUGUAGAUCCAGAAGUGUAAUAGUUUGGUAGUUCAUUUUAAAUUAAGUGACAAUAAUAGCGUGGUAGCCAUGAGUUUAGAUGUAGUGUGUGAUACAAGGCUGUUAACACACCAGUGUCACUUUCUGCACUUCUUGAAUACAGAAUAAAAAAGUUACUGACUGUGA